AUGGAGGAUAAUCAGAUGGAUGAGGGUGAGAUAUUUGAUUUAUGGUGGAAUGUUUACGCAUUAGUUCCAGCUCGAGGUGAUUCUUCAGACAACUCGUCCAUGAGCCCGACCAACCUCCCCAAGCGUGGUCGACAACGUCGUAGUCGCACCAUCUUCAGCGACGCCACCAUAGACCGCCUGGAAAGUGUGUUUGAAGAAAACUCCUACCCUGACAUCAACCUUAGGGAACAACUUGCAGAAGAGGCGGGCGUUACGGAGGCCAGAAUACAGGUGUGGUUCCAAAACCGUCGUUCACGAAGUCGUCGCACCAAGACGAAGCCCACCAACGUCGCCCGUCGUGAUUCCGGUUUUGUCUCGUCCUCACCCUCACCACAGAAACUGACGCCACCCAAGAAGCCGGAGUUCGCCUUGCCAGCACCAGCAGUGACGUCGCCUUUCCGUCACGGCUACUCGUUCUCCUACCCGUAUCUGUUCGGGUGUUCACCACUGAUGUCUCCCGCCAUGUACCCGAUGUUGACCGGCUACACCGACGUCGCAUCCAUGAUGCCCACGUCACCGAUGUUCUCCCCCACCGCCAGUCCAACCUUCCAGCGUCUCUUCGAAUUUCCAACCAGUCACAUACCCGGAUCUCCCCUGACGAGCCCCACCACCCAGAGUCCUACCCUGACAUCCACCCGUCCUGGACUUGCUCCCUCUUCAUCCAGACUUCCCAAGCCACACCCUAUCCGCCUCCCCCAGAUGUCGUCUGCUGAUUCCAGCCCUGUCGUCUGCAAGUUGGAGCCAUCUUCUACUUCCGGUCUACAUAGAAGCAUUAGUCCCGUGCUUUCAGAGGAGGAGAUUGACGUCACUCCCGGGGAUUGUUCUGCAUAA